GUUAAGUCGGUUCCUUUCCCACAACCGUUUCCCUAUUCCGCGCAAGCUCCGCCAGUUACUAUUGAUCGGAGGGCAUUUCGUCCGAUGGUCGCCUCAGAAUACCACCAACGGUCCGCACGCCGUAAAUAUUCGUCUAGUGCGCCGUGGCCGAGUGACUCGUUUCGCGGAUAAGGGGAAAUAAUAAAUCUUACGUACGGACCAGGUAGCGAGAGUUCGCGUGGCCGAAGAUGGUCAGUGGAGCGACGGAAGACGGGCCCGUGAUUCGACCCGUCGAUUUCGUGAUCGCAGGCACUCCGGCUCAAACGCCUUCGGGCGAAGUGACGUUGAGCAUCGAGAACGAGCGGGACAAGGCGGAGAUUGAAAACAACGAGAAGACGGAGCGCGAGAAGAAUCACGCUACGGAUAACAACAAGGAUAAUCUCGGCCAAUUGGUAUUCAAAUUGCGUUACGUCAGUGAGCAGAACGAGCUCAGAGUGACCGUGGUCAGAUGCAACGGGUUGCCCGCGAGGGAGCAAAAUGCGACCAGUGAUCCCUACGUUAAACUGAAACUGUUGCCUGAUAAGCAGCAUCAGGCGAAGACCAGAGUGCUGAGGAACACCAGGGACCCUGUUUAUGACGAAGAUUUCACAUUCUUCGGAAUAUCAAAGGAUCAACUUCAGAAAAUCAGUUUGCAGUUCAUAGUGCUGAGCUUCGACAGAUAUUCGAGGGACGAAAUUAUUGGCGAAUUGACGUGCGCCCUUUCGUCGAUAUCCGGCUUGGAGAACUCUGAUAAUCAGGAGAUAUCGCUCUGCCGAAAAAUAUGCCCCAGGACAUUACAGAUUCAAUCGCAGGGAAGGGGAGAGCUGCUGGUGUCCCUUUGCUGGCAGCCGGUGAACAACCGAUUGACGGUGGUCGUGCUGAAGGCGCAAAAUUUACCGAAGAUGGACGUAACAGGUCUGGCGGACCCGUACGUGAAGAUCUAUUUGCUGUAUAAUAAUCAGCGUAUCGCGAAGAAGAAGACGCGCAUGAGGAAGCGCACCCUCAGCCCGGUGUUCAACGAGUCCUUCAACUUCGACAUUCCUAAUGACGCCGACGGUCUCAACAACGUCAGCCUCGAGUUCAUGCUGAUCGAUUGGGAUCGAGUUACGAGGAACGAGGUACAAUCCUAUUUAUUGUGACCCCAAGCAUCGAUCAUCUAUAGGGGUGCGACUGUUGGGUGUAAAAAUGAAUUAGAAAUUCACAAGGCCUGGGGC